CUGUAUUCCUCAUAUUUCUCCCGGUUCACACACAACCAUGUCAUCUGAAUUAUCGCAAGGCGGAGAGAAGUCUUCAGACUCGGCGGUGGCCUAUAGGAAUUCAUCCCUUUACAAGCUGGCUGCAUCGCCAUACCCGGAGUGGACUCUGUCAGCCCUGUGCGCGGCAUCUGUCCCAAUUGCCGCAAAAGCAGGCUCAGGCUUCCCCCACUUUGGUGUUAUGAUGGGCUUCUCAGCUAUCUGGGCUGGCUCGGGGUAUAUGAAGUACGCAAAGGACCCUGAUAACGGCUCGGGAACCACCACAGCGUGGUGUUUGACAUAUUUGUUCCUGAAUCUGCGGAGGACCGUCCGCCAGCCAAAGCCAAUGCCUUCGCUUGUUGCAGCGGGUGUAUUAACUAAUCUGGUCAUCUCAGGCCGCAAGGUUGUCGAGGUCGAAUUUGGUGUCUAAUCAAGGGCUAUCUCUUGCAAAGUAAGAUCAAUUACAAUAACUGUACAAUAAAAAUGCAAAGAGCACA